AUGUGCCCUGAGUCUCUUGUCCAUGCUUGGCUGGCUCUUGUGUGCUCCGACGCAGCUCGGAACCUGCCAUGGCAUCGACAUAAUUCGACACGCCAUGACAGAACUUGUUGUGGGCAGGCAUUUCGGAUCAAGGGCCCUCUGGGCCCCGGGGCCUGCCUGUACCGUCAGUACAUGGCAGGCGCUCGACUCUACGGCGGACCUGACUUCAGCCGAAGUUGCGGAGCCCAGCAGAGCCACACGAGCGCUGGCACGGCCCUGGCUGCAGCGCUUGUGGCUGCAUCACCGAAGGCAUGUGACCUGGACGCGUCCAACAAGGACCGUUUGUGGCUGCCAAGGGCCGCUUGCACCUCAUCGACUCAAGCGACACAUCGAGAUGGGUACCCCCGUGCUGCUUUCACCGGGAGUGCGGACGAUGUGCCGACACAAUGGCUGGCCCCGCCUGCAGCGGUGCCCACGCCGGCGGAGCCACGGCGGGAGACACGGCGACCGUCCACCGGACGCCCUCCCGCGCUGCGUGCGGCGCAGACAGACCCGGGUGUGGGCCGGCCUGCCGGCAUGCGCACGCCCAGAGCCGUGCGAGCAUGGCAGUCUGCCGAUGAGGCGCUCGUUGCAGAGGUCCAUUGCAAGGCUCCUGGCGGUGGCCCGGACGUUGCCAUGGCCGAGGACGCUGGCUGGGCGCCGAAUAGGCAAUUCUUGCCGGAGGAGCUCCGGUACAAUCCGAUUACCCACGAGGUGGAGGUCUAUGUGAAUAGAGACGGCAAUGUUCAAAAGUGCGAGCCGUCCGCGCAAGAGUAUCGGGAGGCUCGUGUGAUGCAAGCUCAUGUUCCACGUGCCAGUGCAUUCGAGCGAAACAACUGA